AUGUCCUCGAAUGUGGACUAUGCGGAAUAUGCCAGUGGUUUCCGCCAUGACGAGGUGAUCAGCUUCAUCAAUAAUGAAGUCCUCAGUAAUGGCGGUGGCCCAGAUUUCUACACUACCUUCCGCUCGCAGUCAUGGAGUGAGAUAGAGGACCGGCUUCAGGCCGUCCUGAAUGACCCUGAGUUGCCAAGCACCAUCAAGCGGGCCUGUACUUGGAGUGCGCUGACCUUGGGCAUACGUGUCGGUGCGAGGCAGCGUGAGCAGCUGGUAUACCAGGUUCGGCAGUUGCAGGAUCGGGUGGAGGAGCUUGAAGGGGCUUCCUGGGCUCUGGCUCCCGAGUUGCAGAGGCUGCGCAAAGAGCGUGAUGAGAUGGCCUUGCAGCUGCGCUUCACACAGGCUGCCCAGCAGCAGGCACUGAAUGAACGUGAUAUGCUUCAUGGGUGGCUGCUCCAGACUGAGACAUUGGCCAAAGAGACUUUGUUGGCCCAUGGAAUAGUGCCUGGGCCUCGACCUGUGCAAGUUGGGGCCAUGGUAUGGCCCCUGAGUGAAGAGCAGCACAGAAAUAUGGGGGCCAUGGGGAUGCCUGGCUGUCUCUGGGGCCAGGCCAUGCAACCGCUUCUGCCACUGCCAUGCCCAUUUCCAUUUUACCCACCAUUCCCAAUGGGAUUCCCACCCUUGCAACCUUUGCCACCACCACCACCAGUAUUCACAGAAGCAGUACAGGCGGUAAUCCCACCUAACAUGCCUUCGCUGGGGAAUAAUCCCCCUGGCCCGCAGGCCAUAGUGGGGACCCAUGAGGAGAUGGCCCCACUGGGGAAACAGAGAAGCCACAGCCACAAGGAAGGUCCUGAGAUCCUCCAGGAUACAGUCCCCUUAUGGAACAUCAACAGCCUUAGCCAACAAGAUCCAGAGAGGCCCCAGGGGAUGGUUAACCUGAGCGACAAUAAGAAUCAUAGCCAGGAAGAUGGUGCAGUGGGGCCGCAGGGAAUGGUCCCCACUGGGUAUAGCUACAACCAGAGCCAAGAACAACAUCUAGAGAGGCCCCACAGCAUGGUUACCAUGGGUGACAGGAACAAAAGCCAUAGCCAAGAAAAAGAUCCAGAGAUGCCCCAAGGGACUGUCCCCUUGGGGGGUAUCCAGAGCCAGGAAGGUGAUCCAGAGAGGCCCCAGGCAACUCACCUGAGGGGCAGUAGCAGCCUUGAUGUGAAACAAAAUCCAAAGAAACAACGGCCUCAGGGGCAGAGGUUUUGGCAAUCAAAAGAGAGAAGAGCCUCAGCUUCCCAGCUCCGGAAGAUGUCUGCCCGACGUGAUUGGGACUGUCCUUGGUGCAAAAUGAUGAAUUUCUCAUGGCGCAAGGCCUGCUUUAGAUGCAGGAUAGUCUACAUUCCUGGUGAGCUGGGAAACGUGAACCCAGGACAAACUCAUUAA